UCACACAUAUAGCGGGGAUGAUUGACACUGGCACACACUGCGCUGGGUCCGCGGAGUAAGGCGCAAUGACCGGAGUGGAGUCCAAAAGCGGAGCGGAGCGGCCAGCGGAGAGCUCGCCUCUGAGAGGAAAGUCUAGCUGGCUUCCCCGGUGUCUUCUCCGACUUCUGCCUGCUGGAUUCGCGGGUGAAGUGAAGGAGUUAUGUGCGAUGGCUGGACCUGUGUUCCUGUCUAAUGUCAUGGUGUUCCUGGUGAAUAUAGUGAGCUCUAUUUUCUGUGGACAUUUAGGCAAAAUUGAGCUGGACUCUGUGAUACUUGCAGUUGCUGUCAUAAACGUUUGUGGAUUUUCUAUCGGAUCAGGCUUGGCCUCUGCAUGUGAUACCCUCAUAUCUCAGACAUAUGGCAGUAAGAAUAUGAAACGUGUUGGGAUUAUUAUACAGAGGGGGAUCCUGAUCCUGUUGCUGUUCUGUUUUCCUUGCUGGGCCAUCUUCAUUAACACCGAAAACAUAUUUCUGCUCCUCAGACAGAACCCUGAAAUCUCCAGGUUAACACAGAAAUAUGUGAUGAUUUUUAUCCCAGCACUUCCUGCUGUCUUCAUUUAUCAGCUAGAGAUACGAUAUUUACAAAAUCAGGGUAUAAUAUGGCCUCAAGUGUUUACAGGCAUUGUUGUAAACAUCAUUAAUGCUGCUGUGAAUGCUGUCUUUCUGUAUGGUCUAAAGAUGGGAAUAGUAGGUUCAGCUUUGGCAAAUGCAAUUUCUCAGUUUGCUAUGUGUUUUGUGCUGUUCAUCUAUAUUUAUGUGAAAAAACUGCACGUGGAAACAUGGGCAGGCUGGUCCAGAGAUUGCCUCCAAGAAUGGGGGUCCUUCAUAAACCUGGCCAUUCCCAGCAUGCUAAUGAUGUGUAUAGAAUGGUGGAGCUUUGAAAUUGGAGGAUUCUUAGUAGGUCUCAUCGGUGUGGUGGAACUUGGUGCCCAGGCCAUAAUGCUGGAGAUGGCAACAGCGGCAUACACGAUACCAUUUGGGUUUUCAGUGGCUGCCAGUGUCAAAAUAGGAAAUGCUCUAGGUGCUGGAGAUGUCCACCAAGCCAAACUCUCUACGAAAGUUUCUUUUUUCUGCACAAUCUCUUUGGCAUUACUGACCGGUGUUACAGUUGCUGGAUUGAAAGAUUAUAUUCCAUUAAUUUUUACACCAGACAGAGAGAUUGUUCACCUGGUUUCACGUCUCCUGCUUAUGUUUGCUCCACUUCAUUUUUUUGAUGCAAUUUCUAUCACCUGUGGUGGAAUGUUACGCGGAACAGGAAAACAAAAGUUUGGUGCCAUUCUUAAUGUUGUUGGGUAUUACAUUGUUGGUUUGCCUAUAGGAGUAUCCUUGAUGUUUGCUGCAAAGCUUGGUGUAAUAGGCCUUUGGACCGGACUGAUUACCUGUACUUUUAUGCAAGCUGUGUCUUUUGGGACAUUUAUUGUACUCCUGAACUGGGACAAAGCAUGUGAAGAGGCUAUGGUUCGAGCAGGAGUGAAGCUAAAGAAAAAGCAUCCUGGUCCCAAAAGUACACAGACAGGGAGUCCUGGUUCUGCUAUUCCUGAAAAUGGACAUAUGCAACCCUUUGAUGUGUAUGAUGUACAGGAGAAGCCAAACAGCGGAGAUAUUAUCUUGCCAGAUAUUGCAUCUUGUGUCAAACUUACUGGUCAGUUGGUGCAACAAGAAGAUUUGGCUACUGAAACUACAUGUGUCAUAGGAGAAGUCCUCUCAGUGAAGCAGCUGGUACUCAGACGUGGCCUGGCAGUUGCUUCAGCCGUGGCAACACUCAUUAUAGGCAUAAUAGUUAAAUGUCUGGUUGGUAGAUGUUAAAGUAAUGGUCUUAAUGUCAAAUAGAUUAAACACUACUUACUUGUGGUGUAGUCAGAUUUAUUUGCCUAGGAAACUAUUUAUUUAAGUAUCAACAUUUAUUAUACUGCAUUAUAGGUCAAAGAAGGCAGCCAUCAAUGAAGAUGUGA